CCAAUUCCGACUCGGGAGCGCGAGGCAGGCGGCAGGGUAAACUGGGGGAGCAUGUUGGAGAUGUGGGAAGGAGUAUGUCUUAUAAAUUAGAAAUACAUGUCAUUUGAAUAGCAGUACAAUAUUGGUUCGCUACUGAGGUGUAUUUUAAGGUGUUAACGCGAACCGUGCGGGCAUUUUGAAGUCGCUUUGCCGGAGGACAGCUAAAGACAGACGCACCGAGUGAGUGGUUGGGAUGUUGGCGGCUGAAAACCCAUCGGUGGAAGGACAUUUGGCAGUAUCGACUCCUCGUAGAAGAGGCAUGGAUUGUAAGUCAAGUAACAAUGUUAACAAGAAACUUGUACAAGCCCGUCUUCCUUUCAAGCGCCUGAACCCUGAACCUAAAGAGAACCAGCCACCUAAGCGCCCUUGUGCCCAUGCCUGCCCUGAACCUGAAGUCUCAGACAGGGAGAAUGAGAAUGCAUCUUCUCCUCUCUCUGUGCACAGUGGCCCACCUUUAAUUAAUGGUCGUGGGCCACUUGAUGGCUUUGUAAGCCGCAGGCGCCCUGCAACUUCAGAUGAGAACAUGGUUAUAGAUCUGACUGAGGACAAUACAUCAUCUCCUGUAAAGGGCCUUGCUUCACCUGCUUCAGCCUCUCCAUGCCUUCCAGCAAAAGACAAGCAUCCCUGCAAAGACACAGUGGCCUCUCCUGAGAAAUCCAGCAGUGCUGAUGAUGGUUCUAAAUUUCAAACAUUAGACUCUGUUGUAAUCAACGAGGAUGAUGAUGGUGAUGAUGAUGGUGAUGAAGAAGAAGAGGUGGAGGAAAAAGACAACACAGCAUCCAUCUCUCAGCUUGACACAACGCAGGAUUCUGAUAUUGAAGCAGAGGAGCUGAAUGAGUCAGAAAAUGUUUCUAGUUUGGGAAACCGGUCCAUCCAGUCAGUUUCAUCAGUCACCUCCCCAUCUGAAAGCUCGCCAGAAAAGUCCAAGAUGGAUGACCCUACACCCACUGCUACACCUACAGAGCCAAAGACCACCCCCAAGAUGCCAGCAGAUCAGAAAAAGGUCAAAAGACGCUCAUUGAAGAGUUUACAAGAACAAGAGGAGAGGCUUCGGCUGCGACAGGAGAAGGAACGCCAGAAGGAAGAGGCCAAAGCUGCAAAAGAGAAAAAGAAAGAAGAAGCUCGCAAACUGAAGGAGGAACGAGAAAGGGAGAAGCGGGAGAAAAAGGAGAAGGAUGAACGAGAGAAACGAGAAAAAAAAGAGAAGGAGGAGAAGGAAAAGGCAGAGAGGCUAAAAGCAAAGGAGGAGCUGCGGAAGUCCAAACUGGAAGCCAGGCUUGAAGAAAAGCGGAAGAAAGAGGAAGAGAAGCGACUGAAAGAGGAGGAGAAACGGUUGAAAGAAGAGAAAGACCGCCUCAAAGCAGAGAAAGCAGAAAUUACACGGUUUCUACAAAAACCCAAGAUCCAGCAGGCUCCAAAGACACUUGCAGCUGCGUGUGGGAAAUUUGCUCCAUUUGAGAUUAAAGAAAACAUGGCUCUUGCACCACUGUGCCGGGUUCAAUGUGAGGAGUCUGCUCUGGAGGAACUGGACCGAUGUUUGCUGAACCCUGCUGAUAACCUGAAUGGACUGAAAGAUUGGAUUGGGCAAAAACCCAGACGGUCAGGACCCACCAAACCCAGACAGACAGAAUCACUCAGGGAUUGUAUAGCAGUGGAAGGGCCCAAACCAGAUGCUGUACCAGACCGUAAACGUUAUGGACCCAUGAAGCUUCUGCAGUUUCGUGAGAAUUACCGUCCAGCCUACUGGGGCACAUGGAGUAAGAAGAGUUCACACAUCUCACCUCGCUGCCCAUUCCAACAAGACAAGGAUUUACUUGACUAUGAGGUGGACAGUGAUGAAGAAUGGGAGGAGGAGGAACCAGGAGAGUCCCUGUCUCAUAGUGAAGGGGAAGAUGAGGAAGAGGGAGGUGAUGAUGAUGACGACGAUGACGAUGGUUUCUUUGUUCCUCAUGGCUACCUUUCAGAUGAUGAAGGGGCACUGGAAGAAGAGGAUGGUGGGGACCUGGAGAAGCAAAAGCUGCGUCAGAAACUGAAAGCAAGGGAGUGGGAUGAGCUGAUGUCUAGCAAGAAGAUGAAGGUGCUGGAGCCAUUGGUUAGGGGCUGCAUCUGGGACGGAGAAGCACCUGGCUUGGAACUUUUACAGCCAUAUGCUGUGUGUUUGGUAGAGCCCUUACCCAAGGCAGACAACAGUCCCAGCCCAAAGGAGAUGUCGUUGAAGUCUCAGAAAGAAGAACAGUUACUUGGUAAGCUGCUGCCCCUUCUGCACGGCAAUGUCAACAGUAGCAAAAUGAUCAUCAGUGAGUUUCAGGAGUUUUGUCGCCAGCAGACAACCACCUCAUCAUCACCUCCUGCUCUGUCCAGCCCUCAGAACACAACAGAAAACAUUCCCACCAGGAUGCAGCUGAAACGCCUCAUCAAGAACAAUGCUGUUUAUGAAAAGCGCUCAGCCUACAAGCGAUGCUGUUGGUAUGUGCACCCAGAGGUCCUGUCACGUUUUGGUCAGGAGGCUCUUCCAGUGCCCUGCCAGUGGACCUACCUCACCACGGGCGCUCGCGAAGAACCCCGUGAAGAACCCCAGGCAGCCACAGGCUCUCAGGGAAACUCUCCCACUACUCCCCAGACCUCCUCCACCACUCCAUCCUCCAACAAAAGGAAGGGCACAGGCAGCAUGUCAAUCACCAAGUUUAUGAAGAGAUGUAAUGAUCCCGAACAGACAGAAACAGUUGAGGCUGAUGGUUUUCAAGCUGACAAUGAGGAUGAUGAUGAAGACGACUGUGUAGUUAUUUCUACUCAGAGUGGCCCUACAAAAGAGAACUCCAGUGAGACAGAUGGUCCAAUGGAAGUAACCCCCUCUGACACUGCUGCUCUCCCCAUGGCAAGCUCUGCAUCUACCCUCAACACCGUCUGAGCACGGGACAGGCUGUUUUCCCCAGUCAGGCUACCCUGUUUCCACUUAUAAAUUCCUGCUUCCUGGAUAUGAACUUCAUUGUGUCCCAGACAGAAUCAAGUCAUCAAGAUGAAGCACCUUGCUAUGGUACAGGCAGCUCGUAGCAGGUAAAAUCUGCUCAGGAUUGAGUUCCCUCUCAACUAAUUCAGUUCAGUCAGUAGCCAUCGGGCCAAUUGCAGUUAUGCUUAAUAUUGGUGACUGGCUUAAGGACAGAUUUGACCAGUAUUCAUAGAUUGUGUUUAACAUUUGCGCUUAAUGUGGGCCUCUUGGGAGGGGAAAGUGAAUGUCUCUCUGGCACUGCUUCAGCUACUGCAGAUUGGGUUGCACAGAGAGAGGAAGAGCAGAACACAAAUGACCUUUUUUCUUUUUUUCUUUUUUUUCUUUUUCCCCUCCUCCACGAGAAGCAUCAGAGACAUCAAGACAUUUACGGUUUGAAAUGUUGAAUUCGUGAAGUUAUGGAUAUGUUAUUUUCUAAAUGUAUAUAGGUUACCAAAAGGAGAAGCAAAAAGUCCAUCUGUACAUUUUCCUGUGAUUUCAAUAGGUUCAUUUAUUCUGCAACUUCUAAUCCUGACAACUCACUGGAGUAGUUGCUAGAUCUGUACUUGUACAGUUAGGUUCAGUCUCACAAUGUUUUAUAAAUAUGUAUUUUCUUUAUUUUUCAAGAAUACUUGAACAAGAUAAAUUCAUUAAACAUUAAUAAAAGUA